ACAACUCAGAGAGCAGCGUGUUCCUCUCUACGAGCAUCAGGUAGCUCCAUAUACGGACCGGUGGGGCACAACACAGCCCCUCUGGCUCUGUAUCUGCUUGGGCGCACAGAGGAGCGGUGCCAUGCACACUCAUGAAUAUGCGCUGCUCCUGAGAGGAGGGAACCAGUCUCUGGUUUUUAGCUCCACCGAUGACCUGAGGAUGGCUACGCCUGGAAACGACACCCUCCACCCGAACGGAUCCGAUCCGUUUGCGCGGAACGAGGAGGUAGCCCAAAUGGAGAUUCUGGUCCUGAGCAUCACCUUCGUGGUUGCUGUGAUUGGAAACGUGAGCGUCCUGCUGGCCAUGUACAACACCAAGAAGAAGAUGUCACGGAUGCACCUCUUCAUCAAACACCUGAGCCUGGCUGACCUGGUGGUCGCCUUCUUCCAGGUGCUGCCGCAGCUCUGCUGGGAGAUCACCUUCCGCUUCUACGGUCCGGACUUUCUUUGCAGGAUCGUCAAGCACCUCCAGGUGAUGGGGAUGUUUGCGUCCACUUACAUGAUGGUGAUGAUGACCCUGGACCGUUACAUCGCCAUCUGCCACCCUCUGAAAACCCUGCAGCAGCCCACCCAGCGCUCCUACAUCAUGAUCAUCUCUACCUGGAUGUGCAGCCUGGUGCUCAGCACCCCUCAGUACUUCAUCUUCUCCCUGAGCGAGAUCAAGAACGGCUCGGACGUCUACGACUGCUGGGCGCAUUUUAUCGAGCCUUGGGGCGCCAGGGCUUACAUCACCUGGAUCACCGUGGGCAUCUUCCUCGUACCAGUUGUCAUUCUCAUGAUGUGCUACGGCUUCAUCUGCCACAGCAUAUGGAAAAAUAUCAAAUACAAGAAGAGGAAAACGACAGGUGGUGCCGCGGCUAAAAACGGACUGAUUGGGAAGAAUUCCGUCAGCAGCGUGACAACAAUCUCCAGAGCCAAACUGCGGACUGUAAAAAUGACUUUUGUGAUUGUUCUGGCGUACAUCAUUUGCUGGGCGCCGUUUUUCAUAGUCCAGAUGUGGUCGGUGUGGGAUGAAAACUUCCAGUGGGCUGGUUAGUACACAGGAAUGUCUUCAUUAUCACACUCAUUUAAGAUGUUACAGCUUAAUGAAGGAUGUGGUGAACAGAUGAUAAACAGCGUGUAACUAUUAGCAGCAGAAAAGAGCAGUGGGUGGCCAGUCUGAUAUUAAAAACUCAUCGUGCGUAAUGAACGUUCCAAGUGCGCACGGCUUUACGCACGGACUUAUUUGGCAUUUUUAUCCAAAAUAUGCGUAACAGUCAAUGAGGAAAUGAAAAGACUAAUGUGUAAAGUAGAAAUAACAUAAAUUUGAACGGGUCUAUUGUUUGCAUGUAAUUACAUCUGUAUGUUAGAGCCGAAUGAAACAUCGUGUACCUUUAAUAUUUGACAGAAAUCUCCUCUUUAGAUGAUAAGCUGCAAAGAUUGGUUUUUUUAUAUCAAUCCUUCGAUAAAAAUGAUGUUUUUGGAUGAUGAUACAGUUUUACCAUGGGUUGUUAUUGUUUCAUGAACCACCUCUGAUGGAGUCAACAUGACAGCAGCCAAAAUUCUUCUGUGAUAUCAUGAAAACAACCCUCAGUCCAAACAGGCUUAAAAUAAUCUGAUUAGCAAAGAGAACCAACUUUUUGAACUUUUACUUUGGCAGAUUUUUUCCUCUUUACAGACUAAAUAGAUUUCAAAUUUCAACACCAUAUUAAUCGCAUUAGCCAGGCAUUUCUGCGGCAGAUGUUUUGCAGAUUGAUCAUCCUUUUUUUCCCCUCUUUGCUCUCUCCCUCUGUCCUCCAGAUUCUGAGAACACAGCAGUGACUCUGUCUGCGCUGCUUGCCAGUCUCAACAGCUGCUGCAACCCGUGGAUAUACAUGAUCUUCAGCGGUCACCUCCUUCAGGAUUUCAUUCACUGCUUCUCCUGCUGCCUGAGAAUGAACCCCGACUACAAGAAGGAGGAUUCAGACAGCAGCAUCCGCAGGACGACGCUGCUGACUAAGAUGACUAAUCGAAGCCCGACGGGGAGUACGGGCAACUGGAAGGAGUUUGAUAAUUCACCCAAGUCCUCUAUUCAGGCUGACUGAUUACACAGCCAGGCAACUCUGUUUACAGGGGUGGGCAUGAAUUCUGCAGAGGCAUCGAUAUGCAGGUUCAACUCAUUUUAACUUUGGGAAAGAGGGACAGAAUCUUAAAUGCAACAAAACACAAAAACCAACAGUAAAAAAAAUCUGUUUGCAUGAAAAAAAAACUGAAUAAAGACUUGUGAUGUAAACAGGGACAGAUAAUAUGGACACUUUAAAUGUUUUUUCUUGUUGGGUUUCAAGUGCAAAGAUGUUUCUUUUCGUACUCUCAAAAGAAAAGGUUAAAAAUAAUCAGAGGGACGGAAGAAUUGCAAAGUUUACUUUAUGCAUAUCAUGUUUUUGUUUGUUUUUCUUUAUAAAGGCUCUACAUGCCCGCAGAUACGCCGUUUGCUGAAUUUUGUUUUUAAAGCUUGAAAUUUUAACAGCCUUAAGCAAGAAAAAGAAGACUUUCUUUGACGCACUACAUGAUCCUUCUUCGAUGUUAUUCAUAGAGAGUCUUUUUCAGCGAGUACAGAUGUUUUUCACUGCGGUUUAUGCCUCCCUGUAGUGCAGCUGAGCACCUUUUCCUGUAAAUAAUAUCUACUAAGGAGGAAAAAUCAGCAGCUAGGAGGUGUGUUGUUGUAAAAGGAACUCCUCCAGAUUCCACUCUCCAAGAAACUAAGGCUGUAUAUCCUCAUUUUUCAGGGCCAAGUGUUUAAAAAAGAAAAACAUUCCUUUUGGAUUAUUAGAGCAGUGAUAAUCAUGGACAGAGUAAGGCAGCAUAAAUGAACAUAAGCGUCUUGGUUCCCCCACCUUUCUGUUCAUUUGUGCUGCAGCAGGCGGCAGGCCAACUGUGUGGAUCCCCAAAGAGACGCUCUCCUUUGCUUGAAAAUUGCUGGAAGCUCACCUACACGUGUACAUAUGUACAAAUUAGAGCGGGGGGGUUUGGCAAUGUAUGAUUAGCCACAGCUGGAAGAGUCUACCUAUAGACACAGUGACCCCCCCCCCCCCCCUCCAGAAUGCUGUGGAGGAGCUCACACAUUCCACUCACACGACGUCAACACACUUCCUCUUUUUCUCCCUCACAUCCUGCACUGCUGUGGGGGGUCUGAUGUUUGUGCGGCUUGUUUGCACUCAAGACAAAACAUUUUCUUCCCAUUAGCGCACACGCUGCACCCAAAUGUUUCCCAAACUGUCUUUACAGCCUCACAAGAGCAUUAUAUGUUGUAUGAAAGCGUUUCUGAUUGUAUAUUUGUACAUAAUAACCACUUCAACAUGUGUAGAUAGAGUAAUAUAUGUAAAUCUGUUCAACAUGAUUUCUAUUUGUCUGUAUCGGCUUGUGCACAUUGAAGAUAACCUCUAUAAAUAUAUGUUGAAAUAUACAUGUUGAUGCACUGAA